GGUUAGAAAAGAGAAGAAACAUCGAGAUCAAGAGGUAUCUUCGGGGAGACAAGACACUUCAGAAGAAUUGAUGUCCUCUCAUUCACCUUCUACCAAUAAUGACGUGAGCCAGCUUCCAGCUGAAGAUUCCAAUCCUGAAAAAAAUAUGAUAUAUGUGGGUGAUUUAACUAUAGGUACCACACCUUACCUAGCAUAUUUAUUCAAUAAAGCUGAAAAAACUAGUAGGAAGAAAAAAUUACAAUGGUAUUACUAUAGUGAGGAAUACGAAAAAAAGGUCAAAACUAUUAGUUUGGAAAACAAUAUUAGUGAUCAAAUAGCAAGAACACAAAUUUACGAUGAGAUGGUGCCAUAUCUACCUGGUAUUAAGAGAGA